GCUCAAAACGUAUCAGAAUUGCAGAAAUGAACGCCUAAUUUUGUUCCAUAUAAGUUUGGAGUCUCGAAACAAUGUUUUUCGGGUUCCUUGUUCAAAAUCUAGUGGAGGGUAUUUUAAGGUUCUAGACUUAAAAAUAGAACUUCGACGAACGAACAUUUUUUGACAUAUUUGGCUUAUUUGAAUACAGUGAAUUACCAGUCGUCUAUGAUGUUCAAUAUCAUUUUAAAAAAUGGUACAAUCGACAACAUCCUCAUACACCGGAAUGUCAAGUACAGAAGGACGACGAAGAUAAUUUAUUGGAUGAAUAUGUUUUCUUGGGAAACAAAGUGCCCACUACACAUUUAAAUGGUAUUAAACAAGCAGAUUAUAUGAAUUGUAUUUGUAAACAUCGAAAACACAAGAAUCCGGGUAACACAUGGUCACUUCAGGACGCUAUAAGAAUAAUAUUGAAUCAGUCGUUAGACAAAAGAUAUCAAUUAUCAAAAUGGUCAUGUGGCCUUGAUAUACGAAAUUCUUCUUAUCGACAGCAUCAGGAUUUUGUACCACCAGCUGAAGUAAAAUCAGGAAUGACACAAUAUGCCAGCUAUGAUUGUUUUUCUGUUACCCGACUUCAAGUGGCGGUUAAAAAUAAUUGGUCAAAAUUAGAUAUUGGAGAAAAAUUCGCACACACAUGGGAAAAAUAUGUACAAUCAUAUACAGAACAACUGAUACAAGAUGAACAGGAACAAUAUCAAGAACUAAUGUGGUCGACCGUGAAAAUGGACGACCAGUUCAACAAUCAUUAUCAUCAAUCACCAGUACAGGCGAAAAAUUCAUCUGCCUAUGAUAUUGGAGAUUAUGAGCCAGUAUCCGAUCAGGAGUUGGAAGAACAAAAUUCUGGUGUUUUGACGAUUGAACCAUCACCGUCAUUCUUGGUUUUCUUUCAACAACAACAAGAAUCAUCAGCCCCCGAACAUAAUAUGGUUGAAAAAAUGCAAGAAGAAAAUAGUCGAACAGUCAUCGUUUCAAAUGCACGUCAUCGAACAGCUCAAUUGUCAUCAACAAAUAAACCCGGACAACUGAUUCAAACAACAAAAUUUAAACCAGCAAGAACCAAAAAACAACAGAAACGUCGUAAUACAAAAGGAAGUCGCAAAUAUAGACAAAAAAAUUAUGAUAUUUGUGUAAUGCGUCAAAUUGAUCCAAGAUUUACAGCACCAUUAUGUAAAGAGAUAUUAGCACAAAUGAACAUUAAACUCCGGAAACUGAAAAUAACAAACAAUAUGUUACAUUUGGGCAUGUAUAAUAUCGAACAAAAACAAGAGGUUGAUCAUCGCUUAGAUCCAAAUACAAUAUUCACAACAGUACAUUAUGGAAGAUUAUUACAACAACAACAUCCGCAAGCGAACAGUUAUUGA